CACAAUAUAACUCAUGACUUGCCAACCAACUUAUCACAGUUUUUUGCACAACUGCAUUUUUUGUCAUCCCAAAAUCAUGAAUUUCAAUCUAAACAGCAUGAAUUCCACCUAUUCUUCUUCCUUUGUUGCUGGCAAUUUUGCCAGAAAAUUUCUUUCAGGAGGACUGUUUUUCUUCGUGCCUGCAGAGGUUCAAAUGCUCGAGCUUUUACUUGCUGUUUUUGUUUUCAUAGUUAUACAUUCUCUGAGGCAAAAGAAGAGGCAAGGGUUGCCAAACUGGCCCUUCGUGGGAAUGUUACCUUCUUUGAUCCUUGGUCUUCAAGGAGACAUGUACGAGUGGAUUUCAGGUGUUUUAUGCCGGCAAAACGGCACUUUCAUAUUCACAGGUCCUUGGGGUACAAACCUUAACUGUGUUGUAACAUCUGAUCCUCGUAAUCUUGAGUAUCUGCUCAAGACUAAGUUCUCAAAUUUUCCUAAAGGGGAAUACUUUCGGAACACUGUCAGAGAUCUCCUUGGAGAUGGCAUAUUCAGCGCAGAUGAUGAAAUCUGGCAACGACAAAGGAAGACUGCAAGCCUGGAGUUCCAUUCCACCAAGUUCCGAAGCAUGACCACUGAAUCAUUGCUGGAGCUGGUUCAUUCUAGGCUCUUACCGGUCUUGGAGGAGUCGGUUAAAAAAUCUGUGCCUGUUGAUUUACAGGAUAUUCUACUUAGACUAACAUUUGAUAAUGUCUGCAUGAUAGCUUUCGGGGUUGAUCCUGGCUGUUUACGCCCUGGAUUGCCCGAGAUACCAUUUGCUCGGGCAUUCGAGGAUGCAACCGAAGCAACCUUGUUUCGAUUCGUCACUCCAACACUAACUUGGAGGGCUAUGAGAUCUCUGAACAUUGGGACAGAGAAGAAACUGACUGAUUCAAUCAGGGAGGUUGACAAGUUCGCAGAAGAAGUGAUUCAGACUAGGAAGAAAGAACUUUCUUUACCAACAGAAAGUGAAAAACAAAGAUCAGACCUCUUAACUGUGUUUAUGAGAUUGAAAGAUGAACAAGAACGCCCAUUUUCGGACAAAUUCUUGCGUGAUAUCUGUGUGAAUUUCAUUCUAGCUGGAAGAGACACAUCUUCAGUGGCACUGAGCUGGUUCUUUUGGCUGCUCAACCGGAAUCCGGAAGUGGAACAAAAAAUUCUGGCCGAAAUUUGUCAAAUUGUGAAUGAGAGGAAAGAUGCUAAAGACAAAGAGGAUCUUGAUAACUUGAUCUUCAAGCCAGAGGAGGUGAAGAAGAUGGAAUAUCUACAAGCUGCUCUUUCAGAGGCUCUGAGAUUACAUCCUUCAGUGCCAGUGGAUCACAAGGAGGUUCUUGAAGAUGACGUUUUCCCAGAUGGAACAGUGUUAAAGAAGGGAACAAAAGUGGUAUAUGCAAUUUAUACUAUGGGACGAAUGGAGGGAGUAUGGGGAAAAGAUUGCAGAGAUUAUAAACCAGAAAGAUGGGUGAGAGAUGGAAGGUUCAUGAGUGAAUCUGCCUACAAAUUUACAGCUUUUAAUGGAGGGCCUCGGCUAUGUUUAGGCAAAGAUUUCGCAUAUUACCAGAUGAAGUUUGCAGCAGCAUCCAUUUUGUACCGCUAUACCAUGAAGGUUGAAAAAGAUCAUCCAGUUAUACCAAAGAUGGCAUUGACCAUGUACAUGAAGCAUGGACUUAAAGUAAGGCUUUCAAGGAGGAAUCAGACUGAAUUGCAGAAGCAUUUGAAGACCAAUUAGUAUCCAUUACAAUAACAGGAGAAAUUGAGUGUUACUUGUGUUUUUAUUUUUUACUCUUUUUUUCUUUUUGGAUUUGUUUGUGGAAGACUAAAAGAUAAAUAUCAUGUGGUAUUAAAAAGAUUUUGUGAAAGAAAUGAAGGAUUAGAAGGAUUGGCAGAUAGGUAAGAAGGUACAACUGAUAGGAAAAGGGAGUGAAAUAUGAAUAAUGGUUAUACAUGUUGAUUGAUGACUUCAUAAUUUGAUUAUCAUUUAUUUGUUCUUUCUA